CGUUUCCAGGCGCAGUGCGUUCAUUUCGCGCGGGCAGAGUGGGGCAGCGCUGUUUCCCUCAGGGCAGUGGAAAUGCCGAGCCGCAGCUCCGCCGCCUUUGAGGGGAAGAUCUGCCGGCUGAACGCAGGCGGGGCCCGGCGGCGAGCCUGCUGAGACGAUCCGAUCCGUUCUUUCUGUUUCCUGCAGCGGGUCUUCCGCUGCCUGUGCUCCCAGCUCCCAGGGCCGUCCGAGAGCCUCGGGCAGGGGCAGCGGGCGAAGGGCAGCGGAGCCCCUGCAGCCUCCGCCCGCGCGGGGGCGCUGCCGCUGCCGCCGCCGCCGCCCCGUCCCUCCGUCUCUAUGGUUCUCUGCCCCCGCCUUCGCCCUCCGCUUCCGGCGUUGCCAUGGGUGCGCAGCUUCCGCUUCCGGCUUCCUUGGUACGGGCUCUCCGCUGGAGGCGGCGAUGGCGGCGGCCUCGUCGUCCUCCUCCUCUUCUUCUUCUUCCUCCUCUUCCUCUUCCUCCUGCUCCUCUUCGGCGGCGGCCGCAGGCUGCCGGGAGGGCCCGGCGGUGGCGGCAGGGCCGGGCUGGAGCGACUCCCAGUUCCGCCGCUACUCCUUCGAGACGCGGCCCAUCCCGCGGCUCAGCCACAGCGACCCCCGCGCCGAGGAGCUCAUCGAGAACGAGGAGCCAGUGGUGCUGACAGAUACGAAUCUGGUUUAUCCUGCUCUGAAAUGGGACCUGGACUACCUCCAGGAAAACAUUGGCAAUGGGGACUUCUCAGUGUAUAGUGCCAGCACACACAAGUUUUUGUACUACGAUGAGAAGAAAAUGGCCAAUUUUAAGAACUUCAAACCCAAGUCAAGUAGGGAAGAAAUGAAGUUUUCUGAGUUUGUGGACAGACUCAAAGAAAUACAACAAAAAGGGGGUGCUGAGAGGCUAUAUCUACAGCAAACACUGAAUGACACAGUUGGAAGGAAGAUUGUGGUGGAUUUCCUUGGCUUCAACUGGAACUGGAUUAAUAAGCAGCAAGGGAAACGUGGCUGGGGUCAACUGACUUCUAACUUGCUUCUUAUUGGCAUGGAAGGGAACGUGACACCAGCUCAUUAUGACGAGCAACAGAACUUCUUUGCUCAGAUUAAGGGUUACAAGAGGUGUAUCCUGUUUCCUCCUGAUCAGUUCGAAUGCCUCUAUCCUUAUCCCGUGCAUCAUCCGUGCGACAGACAAAGCCAGGUGGACUUUGACAAUCCUGACUAUGAGAAGUUUCCGAACUUCCGGAACGUGGUUGGCUAUGAGACGGUGGUGGGUCCUGGGGAUGUGCUGUACAUACCUAUGUACUGGUGGCACCACAUUGAGUCUCUCCUGAAUGGGGGGAUUACCAUCACUGUGAACUUCUGGUACAAGGGUGCCCCAACCCCAAAGAGAAUUGAGUAUCCAUUAAAGGCUCAUCAGAAAGUGGCGAUAAUGAGGAACAUUGAGAAGAUGCUGGGAGAAGCCUUAGGAAAUCCACAAGAGGUGGGUCCCUUGUUGAAUAUGAUGAUUAAGGGCCGGUAUGACUAAUGCCUGGUGCCCCUGGUGGAUGUUGGAGCUGCUUUGUUCACAAGCAAUGGAAGAUACUGAGCGCUAGUAUUGCACGCAGCACUUAACAGACUGAUGGGUUUCCUGGCCUAUCCUGGCCCCACUACAGUAAAGGGGCUACUGGAACUGCAAAACCAUUAGUACCCUAUUCAUCCUCCACUCUCAUCUAACUGAACCUCCCAAGAAAGAGUCUGCACUUAUUGGAAGCUGGAUUCAUGCUCACUAACUUGUUUAUUUUCUUCCCUCUGCCCUGUUUGCCACAACAAGGAGCAUGGCUUCUGGCACUUGGAUGUGUAACUUCAGGAUUUUCAGGCAUAUGAAGAAGAGCUUGGAGGAUAACCAGGAGCAAUAUUGUUUCCUCAGCCACAUGGGGUUUGGACCUCCUGGCUGGGUUUGUUUGUUGGUGCUGGCAGUGGAUAUAAGGUGGGAAAUAGGUUUCACAGUCCUCUGUUGUUAGAGGACCUGUCCCUGCUCAACUCUGGAACCUUUUUGUACUAAUGGAAAUGAACAUGUGAGAUGGCCUCUGUGUGUUGAGCAACUGGACAAAUGAUUCAGUUACUUCAACCUAAGACACCUACACUUUGGAUGUAGUACAGGGUAGAGGUCAGAACCAAGUUAUCUUGCAUGUGAGCACCAAAUCCUAUGCUCUUCAAAUAACAUCUGUCUUGUAUGAGUCUAGAUAAAUCUCCUUUCUGACA